UCUACCAUAGAGAUAUAAGGAUAUUAAGGAUCCUUGUAUCUUCUCUAUGAUCUCUAUGGAAUCUACCGACUACAGUCAGCUACAGUUAGUACAUGCAGGUUAAACAUGUCGAUAUACGUUUAUAAUAUAUGUUCACGUCAGAUCCUAUCACAUUUUCCAGUGUUCUGAUAAACUUAAUUUAACAAAAUGCUUUGUAAAUACCGUACUAUUAUAAAACUAUAGUGACAAUAAGAAUCUGUUUUCAAAAAAUUCGUUUUAUCGAAAAGUUGAGUCAAUAAUUAAACAAUGAAAAUGGAUCACAGAAUUGUUUACUUUUUCCUGGCUGGCGUUGUAAGGCUACUUUUAAUGAAUUCUGACUAUCAGAAUGUCAUUGCUGAUAGAGUGGAAGUGUCCACAGCUUUAAACUCUUGGAAACGAGUCACAGAAGGUGUGUACCUUCGUAGCAUAGGAGUGGAUCCUUAUAGUGGAGACUUGUUUCAUGAAACUCCUCUCAGCCUAGUCAUUUUCGACUUUGUUCAGAAGAACUUUCCCAUGUACCGGUUGUGGCUCUUAUUUGUUAUGUUUGAUGUCAUGACAGCUUUUAUACUAGGUAUCACGGCGGCUUACUACAUCCGUGAAUCCGUUGAUAGAGAUAAAAGUGAAAAAGCCUUGCGCGACAAAACCAAGAGUGAUCAAGAUGAUAAUUUUUCAUCUAUUACUGCUCCCAAUACGUCGUCAAUUUUUUACGUCACAGCAGCUUAUUUGUUUAAUCCAUACAUUGUAUUGAACUGUGUGGGACUCACAACUACUGUGUUCACAAACUUCUUGCUGUCAGUCACCCUGCUAGCCAUGAUAAAACGUUCAGUGCCAAUAUUCUCUUUGUCGAUAAGUCUUUUAACAUUGCAAGGUUUAUACCCCAUAUGCCUAAUAGUACCUGCUGCAAUCUACAUUAUAAAAGACUCUAAAUCAGAAAAUGUACCAAAGCAAAUCGUAAAAAUUAUUUGUACGUUUAUCAUAACGCUGUCUAGUUUAAUUUACAUAUCUUAUCUGAUAGUAGGCAGCUGGUCAUUUUUGCACAGUACUAUUGGUUUUAUCCUGUUAGUACCAGAUUUACGGCCUAAUAUUGGACUGUAUUGGUAUUUUUUUACCGAAAUGUUUGAGCACUUUCGCUCUCUGUUUAUUGCAUCUUUUCAAAUCAACGUUAGUUUAUUAUUCAUAGUUCCUCUAGCACUGAGGCUGCGCAAAGAUCCAAUGCUACUGGCUUUUUCUUACUUGGCCUUGGAUGCUAUUUUCAAGUCUUACCCAUGCAUUGGAGAUGUUGGAUUUUACCUCAGUUUAUUACCCCUUUGGAGGCACUUAUUUAGACAUAUGCAGCAAGAAUUUUUUGUUGGCUGUUUCAUUCUAUUUUGUACAGUGUUUGCCCCAACUGUUUGGCACCAAUGGAUAUAUUUGCGAUCAGCCAAUGCAAACUUCUACUUUGGUGUCACACUGGCCUUUGCUAUUGCACAAAUUUUCUUACUGACUGAUAUCCUCUUUGCUAAUGUUAAACGUGAAUUCGCCCUACGACACGGCCUCGGAACUCAAGUAAACGGAAAUAAAGCCAAACUUUUGUUGGAGUAAGCUUAUUUUGUAACUAUUUUGGAUAAAAAAUAAAAAUGGCAACACUGCUUUUUACGUUGAAAUAGUCAAUAGCAGUAAAAAUUUUUUUAAUUUAAAUCAAUGAAGAGUAUUUACGUACUUUUGCAUAAAAGAUUCUAAUAAUUUUAUUUUGUAUCAAUAAAGUAUAACUACUUGAUUUUUUAUUGUUUAUCAUGAGCAUGUAAAUAUAUUAUUAUAGUUUAAUAAUAAAUAAAAUCACUAUUAACGUUCAAACAAGUUUUAUUUCGUAAGAAAAAAUAAUGAGUUAUUUUGUAACACUACAACGGU